AUGGGUGAGUGUAGAGAUUUAUUUCUCAGACAUGGCGUAAGAAUUCAGUAUACUAAAUUUAAACGAAGUGUGGCUAUCGCCGAGCAAGAUCACCAAGAAUUUGAAAAGUAUGCCUUUUUUCGUCAAGAUGCUAUGGACUUACAUUUAUCAUUGACUAAUAGAUCUAGGGAGUGGGUUGUUGACCUUCACAUUAAUGAUGAUAAAUAUAAUGAUUCCCUUACGAAGUUAAUACACAUAUUACCCAAUGAAGCUGUAAAAAAAUCAUUAGAAAGUGAGAAAAUCUUUGCAGAUCCAGCUGUCAAGCACAAAAGGCCCAUAGGUUAUAAUGAACCCCUCCUAUCAUCUGAUGUUAAA